CGCCCAAGAAACAGUUUUCUGUAGCUGCCAAGUCUGGUUGCUCUGCGGCAGCAGACUGGAGCACAGACUUCUGAGAGGACACCUGGGAGAUGGCCAUGAGUGGAGGAGGACUGCUAGAGUUAACAGUGAUCCUGGUUUGCCUAGCGCUUUUCUGGUUUUAGCACUCAACGUCCUGGGUUAGACAAUCUGUGAAGUCCCAACCAGAACUAUGAUAUUGUGAUUUUCCCUUACCCUAGUAUCUGGAUGUCUACAUUCUACUGGGUUCAUUCGUCUUUCCAGAAUGCUCUUCACCCGUGAUGGGAUCGUUUGCUAUGUAAAAAUAGGAUACUAACACAAGUGUGAUCUAAUUUGAAAUUGUAAAAUACUUCCAGCUAAUAAUUCACAUAGCAUCUAACAGAUGUUGCUGGCUUUCUCUUGAAAUUUAAAUUAUUCUAUAGUGCCCUGUAAAUCUAGGGCAGUGCCCCGAAGCACCUCAGUGCAGUAUGGGAACCAUGGCUUGAAAGUGUAAAGGAUUACUAGAGAUAAACAGGAAUAUUAAAUAAUAACAAAAGAGUUAGCUCCUCAGGAAGAUAUAUCAGUUCCAAAUGUAUAGACACCUAAUAACAUAGCUUCAAAAUACAUAAAACAAAUGUUGGCAGAAUUAACAGCAGAGAUAGAUGAAUUCACAUUCGUAUACCUCUCUCAAUAGCUGGUAGAAAAAGCAUAUAAUAAAUUCAGUAGAGAUAAACGUAGUGGGAAACCUCUGUAGAGAUUUAAGCAGAAGAGUCAUAUGACCUGAUUUACAUUUCAAAAACAUCACUGUGGCUCAUAAUCCAUUUUACAGAUAGGGAAAUGGAAACUUGAAGAGGCUUCAUAAUUUAUCUAAGGCUACCCAGUGGGUUAAGUGGUAGAGACAAGACUAAAGUCCAGACCCAGUAAUCUCCAAAGUCCACGUUCUUAACCACCAUGAUAUAUUACUGUCUGGCAAGAAUUGUGUCUGUAAAGGGAACUAUGCCAUUUAAAAAUCAGUAUGUUCUUGGGAAUUUUUAGUAACCAGUAUUAAUGUUAAUUGCAUUCCUUUAUAACUGAGUUCCAGCGGCUAUUACCCCUAUUUUGAAGAAUCUAAAAGAACGACAUGGACCCAUGAAUAGAGAAAUUGGAAAUUGAACAAUUCCUUCCAGUGGUCUCCAUUUUGACUCCUAGUCCCAUUUUAAGAUAAAUGAAGCACUUCAAGAUUUUCAGAGAAGAUUAUGCAGCAAUAUUUUCCUAAUGUUUUUAGUGGAUGAAGUAUGUUCUGCUCCUUAAAAAGACACCUAUAUGUUGGGUUUCAAGUUACUGUUUUCAGAAUCCAAGAGAAAUCUAACACUAUAAAACAAUGCCAAGAGCAAAUGAAGGAAAACACAAAUCUAAACGGACUCCCCUGCCCAUCGUUUUGAUUCUUCAAAAGUUUCUGAAAACGUAUGAGAAGCACUGUGCGCAGUCUCAGACGUCUGUGUGUCCAGCCAUCAAAAGUGACCUGAAAAGCAGCAUUGACAGUGACCAGGUGCUCAGGAAGUUUAUGCUUGUAAGAUCUGAUGACUCCCCACCAAGAAUCCUACCAGUUUCCUUGGAACCUUUGCUCAUGACAAUUCAAGAUGAGUGUUACACACUGGCGAAAGAGAUCUGCAUCUGGGGCCUUCCACUGAGCAACCCAGAGAUUGCCAGACUUGCUUUGCUUCUGGAAUCAAAGGAGCACACCACCUGCCCGUUUACCACCCUAGAAAUCAUUGAUUGCAAAAUGGAUCUGUGGUCUCUAGAGCGACUUGGGAAGGCUCUGCGGUUCAGUAGUUUGCGUUCUCUUGUCCUCGAUUACUGCAAAUUUGGAAAGGAAGAACUUGAGAGCAUUUUCUCAGGCCUGGAGAACAACCAAAGGCUUCAAGGCCUCAGUCUGCGUUAUUGUGGUCUGGGACCUCAGAGCGGGCUAAGACUGGGUUUGGUCAUCAGCCAGAGUGCCAUUUGCAAGCUGUACCUUGAAGGCAAUUACUUGGAAUGUUCUGGAGCACUGGCUCUUCUCAGGCCCAUAGCAGACUCUGCGGAGACACAGGGGAAAGACCGGCUGACCCCAGGCUCACCAGACGCUGGAAAUCCCCCUCAGCGGCUCCAAGCCAAACAGAGAGGAAGUUCAACUUUGAACCAGAUUACAAAAUCGUCUGAAGCUGUAGCAGUGAAAACUACUUCAGGGAAGAAAAAGAGAAAAAAAGGAAUCAAGAAGAAAAUUGAAGGUCUGAUGGAAGCUGGUCCUUGGUUAGUGAAGUUGCAUUUGGCAGAUAAUGGCAUAGAUGGAAAAGGAAAAGAAGGAGAAAAUGGUUUGUCGGAAUUCAUUCAAACUUUAACAUACCUGAUCAAAUACUCUGCCCACUUAAGGGAAAUUGACCUUGGAAACAAUGUUCUGGGAGAAAUGGCUGCUGCUGAAAUACUUGAAGCACUGAGAGCCAGAAAGACAGGUAAACUACCGGUCUUAAAAAUUACAGUCACUCCCCAGAUCUCUUCAGAUACCUUCAGAUCAAUUUGGAAAAAUAGCAAGAAGUCUAAUACUAUCCGUAAAAAGAAGAAAAAGACUAAAAACUGAAUAUGGGUGCUGUAUUUCCAUAUGGAUAUCAUCUAUUUCCACGGCCAAGCAGACAUGCCUAGAUAGAUAUUGCUUAUUCUAUAGUAAUAUUUUUCACUGUAACCAAGUCCCUUUCAAGUUCUCAAAUUUGAUGAUUAUUGUAUGAAAGUUUAAAGUCAUGUGAUAAUCCUAUCUUGUGAUGAUCCCAUCACACUUGUCAUUUUCUAAAAUGUGGAUUUCACAAGUAAGCCUUAGUAGAAAGAGAUGCAGUUCUCUGAGGCUUCAUCUCUCCUGUAUAUGAAAUUUAUAAGUUGAAGUAAGUCAUAAUUUUAUCUAAGAAAGAAAGAAUCCUCUUUCAUAAAUAUACCUAUAGUUGGGAACAAUAAGAAUGCUUGGAAAUAAUAACCACUUCCUAAAAGACACCAUUCCUAAAAAUGAGGAUCUUCCCUAAAUGAGGAAACUUUUUUUUUAAGAUGGGGUCUUGCUCUGUUGCCCAGGCUGGAGUGCAAUGGUGC